AUGGAGCUCUUUUCACUCAUUAUCCAUAUAUUCGGUCUGCAAUUUGUUGCUUCGCGUUCAGGUGGAACAAUUUUCAUUAAUUUUUCAAAUCACUUUGGAUUUUCUUUCAAUUGCCACGCUUUUCUAUAGUCAAUUCUUUCCGACCUGAAAUAAGAAGAAAGAAAGAAAAAGAGCAGAUAUGAGCCAUGAAAACCUUUUUCUGCCUCUUGCAGCUGUAAACGAGUCUCGAUGCUAUCUUCGAUGGGAAUCUGAUUUACGAAGUGAUAAACUCUUCAAAAAUAAUCCAUUCUCCAACUGCACGUGAGUUUCAAAAGUGGAUAUUCUUGAAUAUGCUAAUCUUUUGAGUAUCGCAAGAAGUAUCAAAUUCAUAAAUACGGAUCUAACCAACGAUGAAAUUAUCAAGUUGCUCGAAAACAUCACAAAACUUGAAAGCAGUGAACCAAGCAGAACAGGUAUCAAGUCAUCUGCUUCUGAAUAUUCAACCACUUUCUGCAGUAAACAUCACUUUCUCGAAAAACCGCAAUCUUGGCGGAAAGAUCUUUUCGGUUCUUUUCAAAAACAUGACUCUUAGUAACAGUUCCAAGGUAUUGUGCGACUCGCCGCAAAUUCGCAAGGCAAUUUAUGUUUUUUCUACUGUUUCAGCUCAAACUAGACAUAUUUGAUGCGGAUAACCAUUGCAUGAAUCUACCGAAGAUGAGUGAGUUCGACUCUUUAGGGAAAUUACCACAGUAACUUUGAAUUCGGCUAAUUAAGGAGUUUACUGGGGUUCUUCGAAAUUUCUGAGUAUUCAGAAAUGAAAUUUUUCGAUCUUUGCUUGUUUCCUAAAUUGUUCACGCAACGGACACGAAAAUGAAAAAUAGAAUCAAUUUUCCAGAUUCUAAUGCCUCAGUAAAGGGAGUUUCACCUCUAAUUUGUAACGUAGGUUUAUUUGUUUGAAGAAGACUUCUUCUGAUGGUAUCAGUUCAGCUCCCGAGUUCACGAGGAAUCGAGUUUACAAUCUUGGCAAUCAAGUCAGGUUUGUAUCAUUUUACGUAGUUCAUUUCUAUUUUCUCGCUUAAUCUCAAUGCAAAAACCUUCAGGAAACUUGAAAGCUUGUUUCUCGGCAUCGUCGGCCCUUUUGGGACGAGACGUUUCUUCACAAAUGUUCAAGAAAUCGGAACUCUCACUAGUAUUCGUUUUCGAAAACUCAUAAAGCCCCACUCAAACUAGAAACAUUAAUUCAGAAUUUUUAAGAAAAGUCGUCUCCUGUGUUUACUAUAUCGAAAACUAAUUUUGAAUGCUAUCGCUCGUUCCCCAACCUAAAGAAGUUAAUCAUUCACAAAGUUUCCACCCUCUUUUGUGGCUCUUUUAAGACGAUUUUCGUUUCAGCCGGAAGACAUUAAGCUUGAAGCGAAGGAACACUGUUGCAUGGACAAGGAGGACCUUGCGAAAAUCAAUGAAGUUGUCCAGUUUCCCAAUGGAACGGAUUUCAAAUUGACACAAAAAUGCGGUUUUUCUGUCUAACUUCCAUUUUUCAUCUCGAAAAAGUUCAGGUUGGUCGAAAUCAGCCAAAACAGACUUCUCCAGAGAAGUCCACCAUGGCCCGUUACAAAUUGAUUCUAGCGACAAUCUGACACAGUUCGAUUUCUGAGUAGUUCCAAGCAGUUUCCGACAUUUUCAGACUGGCUUUGCUGCGGAGCAUCCUAGAUGGAAACUUAAUUCUUUCAUCAAGCAAGUUUUUCACUGAAAACAAUUUCACAUCGGUGGUUCCAGAAUUAAAAUCGAAAAAUUUGGCUUUUCUCGCUUUUUUGCGAGAAAUAAGAUGUAACGAUAAAAAUAUAGGUACGUUUUUUGCGGUUCAGUCAUGAUACGACUGGAUGGAAAUCCUUUUUUAGUUGAAGCUCAACUAUUCCUCACUAUUUUUUCAUUCCAGUGAAAAAAAUAAAUAAAAAAGUUUUAUAGCGGCAGUAGAGAUCGGAAACCUGGGACUGGAAGAAUUUGACCUGCCGAGUCUGACUCUCAUCCGCAACUGUUCGAUGCGUUUUCAGUAUACGGGAUCAUUUUACAAAGGAUCAGAAACGUUUUCGGUUGACACAGGCUUCAUGGUAGCUGAUUCAUUUUUCUGCCUCAAAACAAUAUCUUCAUUCUGUUUACCGACUACUUCAUACAUAGAGUUCAGCAAAGAUCUCUCUUUUUUCGAAUACUCUCACCUAAUUCUAAUCAUAAAAGUCCUAAUUUUUAUAUUUUUAUUCGACCAAUCAUAGUGAAAAAACACGGAUCGCGGUUGUGGAAAUAAUUAUUCGUCUAUUUCUUCUACUAAUUUUCCUCUUCAGGAUGAGAAACAGCGUUUUUAUCAUUUCGACUCGUUUCAGCUGGUUCCAAAGAGUGGGACGCAAAGCUAUUCCAAAACUAAAAAAGUUGUUGAGCAUGCCUUUCGAACGAUACGAUGUGGAAGAGCAUGAGGUCGAUCUCACUCAGAUUCCGCAGCUGCACGACCAUUCUGGGCGACGUUGUCAUAGACGGGCUUUCGUUGUCGUUAGACAACAGCAUGGUCAAAGUCCUGACUGAAAUGAUGAGAACGGUUACUUUUCAGACUUAGUAGAAGUUCGACUCUUUUUAUUCUCAGGUGAGGGUCAUCGAGGGCAGGCUCAUUGUCAGGAACUUGAAAGUGACAAAGUUUCCGUCUUUUCAAACGCUGAAAGAAGUUCAUGCAGGAGGUGAUAGGGAUCAAAAAAGAAUAAUUUAUUCUCAUUCUCUUUCAGACGUGGACGUGGCCGUGCAGGUGCUCAAUAAUCCACACUUGCGAUCACUGUCUAUGUUUCUUCCUGUAAUAACAGCCAGAAAUCAAUCAGCCAUUCUUCUUUUAUUCAAGGUUUUUCGAACCGCUUCAAUUGAGAUGACUUAACUUUACAGAACAAUCCUAAACUGUGCAGAGAAAAAAGUAGGGCAUUUUUAUUCGGUAAAAGAUUUGUAUCAAUUGACAGCGGAAAGCAUAGUUGCUGUGAGUUUUCAUUUAUUCAAGCUUUUUCUAACUGUCAAGAAACUGUUUUCCAGCUUCCGAUAACGAUGUGUUUGACGGUGAUUAUGAAACAAUCGGUUUUCCCAAGCCCGCGAAGGAAAUAACUAAUUGAGAAAUUUAGCGCUCAUUAUCUACUACGGUUGCGUUGCAUUCAGCUUCGUGAUCUUAUCUAUAACAUUCUUUUCGUUCGGUCCAUCGAACCUGGAAGACUGA